AUGUCAUUGAAGCAGGAAAUAGAAACGUGGGUGUCGGCCUUGGGCCGGUACGACAACAAUGAAUUCGAUGAGGCCCUCGAGGAUUUUGAGAGGAUCUCCGACACAUCAAAAAUUCUCUUCAAUAUGGGUGUUAUUCACGCCACCUUGGGAGAGCACGAGAAAGCUGUCGAAUGUUACCAACGAGCAAUCAAGCUCGACCAGUACCUUGCUGUCGCCUACUUCCAGCAAGGCGUCUCAAAUUUCCUGCUCGGCGAUUUCGAAGAGGCACUGGCCAACUUCAAUGACACUCUUCUCUACCUGCGAGGAAACACCAUGAUCGACUACGCCCAAUUGGGUCUGCUCUUCAAGCUCUACUCUUGCGAGGUGCUCUUCAACAGAGGUCUCUGUUACAUCUACCUGCAACAGAAAGAUGCUGGUAUGCAGGAUCUAUCGUACGCUGUCAAGGAGAAGGUGGUAGAGGACCACAACGUUAUCGAUGAGGCGGUCCGUGAGGAGGCAGAGGGAUACACUGUUUUCUCGAUUCCCGUCGGUGUUGUGUACCGACCGAACGAAGCAAAGGUUCGCAACCUCAAGACAAAGGACUACCUUGGAAAGGCUAGGCUAGUCGCCGCCUCCGAUCGCGCGAACGCCUUCACAGGCUUUGCCGGGUCCGAGAUCAAGAAUGCUGGCAAGAACGACGUCAAGGACGACAGACCAGCUGACAAUAUUUCCUUCGCUGCAACCAACCUAGUCAAACCUGGCCUGGCCUCUAGAAGACAACAGUCUGAGCCGCCCAACGGCCGCGGUGUCUUCCCCCCUACCCCUCCCCCGGACCAGGUCGAGGCCAACAAUACCGGUGCCAUGUCUCGUGGACAAUCCGUCCGUAAUGGACCCAAGCCGAUGCUUGCGAAGUUGAACAUCGAGAACUCCAGGCCCAACGAACGGUACCAAAAGACGAGCAGCCCCAACGACCGUAGGGGACCUCCGCCCAUGAUGAGAUCCGAGUCACGGUCGGCAACUCCUAGCAGAGGAUACUCGAGACGCGACUUGCAGAUGCGCGGCCGGCCUGCUGACGAAGAUGCCGAGGACGCCUACCCUGAUGAGCUUUACGACAUGUACCAGAGCGGUGGUGGUGGUGGUGGCAACAGUACAAGAACCAGCCGCCAAGCCUCCCGCCGCCAGCCCCAGCGAUACAUGGACGAGGAAGACGAUGGCUCCGACUACGGCUCCUUUGAUGAGGGUGACUUCGAGAUGGUUUCCAACAACAGACGUCCAGGCACGAACUCAAUGUCCUCCCGUGGCGGUUCAAGGAGACCUGAAGUUCGCAAGAUCCGUGUCAAGGUGCACGCCGAUGAUGUUCGAUACAUCAUGGUGGGCGCAGCAGUCGAGUUUCCCGACUUUGUUGACCGCAUCCGUGAGAAGUUUGAUCUGGGUCCAAGAAAUUAUGUAGACGAUUAUACCCCAACCAAGCCUGUGACGACGUAA